GUAAGUAAUGAUAAGAGAGUGACUGAGGGAGGGGUGAAAUAAAGAAGAAAGAUGGAAGAAAAAUAGAGCGAAACAUAGGCAGCACCGACUGCGGUUUUACUAUUUAUGAUUACAACAAAACCUCUUCUUUUCAUUUCCUUCUAUUUCUUAUAUUUCGAAGCUAAAAUCAAGUGCAUACCAAACUCACACUAACUCAUUUCCCUACUCCAAUGCAAUUGACCCACGUGUUGAACAUCCACGUGGCCAACCAUCACACGGCUGCCUCAGUUCCUCAACCAUCGAUUCGACAGCACACAGUGAUUUGGAGUUUGGAGUUCUUGCAAAACCCGAAAUGGGAGAUAAUUUGCAAUUAUUGUAAUUGUAGAUGAUUGAUUGCCUUAGCUUUCACAUAAACAUUGCUUCGUGUUACUGGAGAUCUGCUGUACUUCAAUCGCUUCUUCUUUUCUUCUUCUUCUUCUUCCUCUUCUGCUUCUUCUUCAGUGUUUUUUGGAGAAGGGUCUGGUGAGCUUAGAGUUGGAAUAAUGGCGAGCGGUGGUGGGUAUGGGGAUGCUAAUCAGAAGAUUGAUUAUGUGUUCAAAGUGGUGUUGAUCGGAGAUUCUGCGGUGGGUAAAUCUCAGAUUCUUGCCCGGUUUGCUAGAAACGAGUUUAGCUUGGAUUCGAAGGCUACUAUCGGGGUUGAGUUUCAGACUAGGACACUCGUUAUUCAGCAUAAGAGUGUUAAAGCUCAGAUCUGGGAUACUGCGGGCCAGGAGAGAUACAGAGCAGUUACAAGUGCAUAUUACAGAGGGGCUCUUGGGGCAAUGCUUGUUUAUGAUAUCACGAAACGCCAGACCUUCGAUCACAUACCUCGGUGGCUCGAGGAGUUGCGGAGCCAUGCUGACAAGAACAUCGUUAUCAUCUUAAUAGGAAACAAAAGUGAUCUUGAAGACCAGCGUGCAGUCCCCACUGAGGAUGCCAAGGAAUUCGCUGAAAAAGAAGGUUUGUUUUUCUUGGAGACCUCAGCACUGGAAUCGACCAAUGUGGAGAAUGCCUUCAUGACUGUCCUAACUGAGAUCUUCAGCAUCAUGAACAGAAAGAAUUUAGCUGCUGGUGAAAAUCAAGGCAACGGCAACUCUGCAUCCCUCGCCGGUGGUAAGAAAAUCAUUAUCCCUGGACCGGCACAAGAAAUCCCGGCUAAGAGCAAGAUGUGCUGUUCUUCAACAUGAUUUGUUUGGAAGUAGGGUGAAAUGGGGCGAUCUAGGUUGGUGCAUUCCUUGAUUAUAGCAAUUUUUUUUUGACUGGUGUGAUGUUUUUCUGAGGUCAUUUGUAUAUUUUAUUGUAUGCUUUAGUCUGCUAGAGCUAGCAGCUGGAGUUUUAUAUACUUGGAAGGACGAACAAAUGAGGCUGUCAUUUACCUUUUUUAAAAAAUAGAAGCUGUUUUUAUUUAUGAAAA